CCUGGAACUGUUUCUUUAAGCCCCACCGCGACCUCCCGCUGUCAGCGGGGCGCAGCGCCCGGGGAGGGGGUCCGACUGGCCAGCUGCUCGCACGCAGCUGGGUCGGGCAGCUGGCCCCAGAGUGCGGGGUGAAGUGGACAGAUAGACGGAGGCGCAGAGGGACAAACCGCGAGGACCCGCAGAUCCCCGGCCCAGGGAGCCCCUGCCCCUCCUGCUGCUGUCACCCCACACGGAGGGGGACAGGCUGGGACUCCCCUAUAGGCCCCCUGCAUCCUCCACCGCCCACACCGCUGCAGCCUCCUGGCCGAGGACACCGGUGGCCGUCGCACCUGCCCUCAUGGAGGUCACUGAGGCAGCAGCGCGGGCCACGUUCGGAGCCUGGGACUACGGGGUCUUCGCCCUCAUGCUGCUCGUGUCCACCGGCAUCGGGCUCUGGGUCGGGCUGGCUCGGGGCGGGCAGCGCAGCGCCGAGGACUUCUUCACCGGGGGCCGCAGCCUGACGGCCCUGCCUGUGGGCCUGUCCCUGGCCGCCAGCUUCAUGUCGGCCGUGCAGGUGCUGGGCGUGCCCGCCGAGGCCUACCGCUACGGCCUCAAGUUCCUCUGGAUGUGCCUGGGCCAGACGCUCAACUCGCUGCUCACCGCGCUGCUCUUCAUGCCCGUCUUCUACCGCCUCGGCCUCACCAGCACCUACCAGUACCUGGAGCUGCGAUUCAGCCGCGUGGUACGGCUCUGCGGGACGGUGCAGUACCUGGUGGCUACAGUGCUCUACACCGGCAUCGUGAUCUACGCACCUGCGCUCAUCCUGAACCAAGUGACCGGGCUGGACAUCUGGGCGUCACUCCUGUCUACCGGAAUUAUCUGCACCUUCUACACGACUGUGGGCGGCAUGAAGGCUGUGAUUUGGACGGAUGUGUUCCAGGUGGUGGUGAUGCUCGCUGGCUUCUGGGCCAUCCUGGCCCGUGGCACCGUGCUCAUGGGAGGGCCCUGGCGUGUGCUCAGGCUCGCUCAGAAUCACUCGAGGAUCAACCUGUUGGAUUUCGACCCUGAUCCUCGCAGCCGCUACACGUUCUGGACGUUCGUGGUGGGCGGCACGCUGGUGUGGCUCUCCGUGUACGGCGUGAACCAGGCCCAGGUGCAGCGCUACGUCGCCUGCCGCACGGAGAGGCAGGCCAAGCUGGCCCUCCUCAUCAACCAGCUGGGCCUGGUCCUGAUCGUGUCCAGUGCGGCCUUCUGCGGCAUCCUCAUGUUUGUGUUCUACAGCAGCUGUGACCCCCUCCUCACAGGGCGUAUCUCUGCUCCAGAUCAAUACAUGCCCCUGUUCGUGCUGGACAUCUUCAAGGACCUGCCUGGAGUCCCCGGGCUCUUCCUUGCCUGUGCCUACAGUGGCACCCUCAGCACGGCGUCCACCAGCAUCAAUGCCAUGGCCGCGGUCACCGUGGAGGACCUCAUCAAGCCCCGGAAGCCCAACCUGGCGACCCGGAAACUCAUGCUGAUCUCCAAGGGACUCUCGCUCAUCUACGGCUCAGUCUGUCUCACGGUGGCGGCUCUGUCCUCGCUGCUGGGGGGUGGUGUCCUCCAGGGGUCCUUCACGGUCAUGGGUGUCAUCAGCGGCCCCCUGCUAGGGGCCUUCGUGCUGGGGAUGUUCCUGCCUGCCUGCAACACGCUGGGCGUCCUCUCUGGCCUAGUCAUGGGCUUGGCGCUCUCGCUGUGGGUGGCCAUGGGCGCCACGCUCUACCCGCCCAGCGCCCAGAUCAUGGGAGUCCUGCCAUCAUCCACUUACGGCUGUGGGACUCUCUCAGCCAACGCCUCUGAUCUUCUGGAGCUGACCCUCACCACCAACGCCUCCAGCAGGACUUCCAGCUCCAGGGUGGCCCCGGGCAGGCCGGCUCUAGCUGACAGCUUCUACGCCAUCUCCUACCUGUACUACGGCGCCCUGGGCACGCUGACCACCAUGCUGGGCGGGGCCCUGGUCAGCUACCUGAGCGGCCCCACCAAGCGCAGCACCCUGGGCCCUGGGCUGCUCUGGUGGGACCUUGCUCGACAGACGGCGUCAGUGGCCCCCAAGGAGGAGAUCACUGCCCUGGACGACACAUUGGUGAAGGGUCCUGAAGAAAUCCUUCCUGGAACCAAAAAGCCCCCUGGAUCCCUGCCCAACGAUGAGGACCAUCCGCUCUUCCUGGGGCAGGAGAUGGAAGGGACCCCUGGCCCUGGACACGUUGGUGGCCAUGACCAUGGAGAGACGAACCUCUGAAGGCAGGGCCGGCCUGGCCCAACCACCUGGGGUGGAAUCUCAGGAUGGACCAAUCCCAGGCCACCAGCCAACAGGCCCGGCCUCUGACUGGCUGGAGGGCAUGAGAUGCAAAUAAGCCUGGGGCUGCGCGGCCCAAGGCCCCGCCUCCAGGAGGUCGGCCCCGCCUCCAGGUGGUGGUUUCCCGGAUUCGGCUCUAGUCCUAGAGGCUGCCCUCCCUCCCGCUCCUGCCCCUCAAAAUGAGACCGGGGUUUUCUCUGUCCACAAAGAGAAAGCUGUUGGUGGCCCUUCUGGACAGCAUGGAAAACCCGCAGACCCAACACCAGGGCCUGAGAAAGACCCCACCUUCCCCUGGAAUGUGUUCAACCUUGGCGAGGAUCUUGGAGGAAUUCAGGCCUGACCUCCUGUGCUCCAUUAAUCAGGCGGGACAGGGGGCCCAGAGAGGGGUAGCCCCUGACCAAAGUCACACAGAAAAGCAGGUGCUCACCCGGAGCUGGAGACCAGCUCUUCCUCCUCCGCCUCUCUGCAUUUUCCCUCCCAGGGUGGGCGGGGAGAGUCAGAUAUCACCUGGCCUCCAACCUUUGCCCAAACACCUAGCCUUUGCCCAUAUAUGGCUCCCUUGACCCUCAGGGGAAUGUUUCCUGCUCACGGGGCAAUGGAGACCCCCAACAGGUUUUGGUAGCAUCCCUCCCAAUUCAUUUAGAACCUUAGAAAGUGAACUUCCUUGGAAACAGGGUCUUUGUGGGUAUAAUUAGCUAAUUUGAGAUGGGUAGGUGAAUAGUCCGUAGGAAUAGGGUGAACCCUGAAUCCAGGGCCUAGUGUCCUUAGAAGAAGUGGAGAGACCCAGAAACACAGAAGGCAGAAGGCCACAGAAAGACAGAUGGAGAUUAACAUGACGCUUCCACAGCUGAGGCUCUCCUGCAGCCAGCAGAAGCCCGGAGAGAGGCCUGAUAUGGAUUCUUUCUUACAGCCCUCAGGGGGGGUGUGGUGCGAUAGACAUCUUGAUUUUAGACUUGUAGCCUCCAGACUAGUCAAGAAUAUAUUUCUGCUUUUUUCUUCUACCUGGUCUAUGAUAAUUUGUUACAGCAGCUACAGGAAGCUCAUACACACCACCUGAUCUAGCUAUGCAAGCUGUGUUGAUGGAAUACCUUUAGAUUUGAACUUAGAACUGACCAUCGCAACUUUAAAAUCAAUGACUGGAUAAUUGGGGAACUAGACCUUCCACCUGUUCAUGGUCCUCACUUAGAAGAGUCUGGGACAGGAAGAGGCAUGAAGGACAGGGAUGGGCUGAGGUUCCCCUGAGGGCAGAACAAGAUGAUCUAGCAGCUGUUUCAAUAUUUCUUCACAUUGUUGUGUGUAUCAAUAUUUCAUCCUUUUUUAUUGCUGAGUAGUAUUCCAUUGUGCAGAUGGACCCACAGUGUGUCAUUCAUUUUUCAGUGAAUGGGCAUCUGAAUUGUUUCCAGCUUUUGGCUAUUACAAAUAAAACUGCUAUGAACAUUCA